CACACUGACCUUCCAAGGAGAACUUUACAUUGGCUUGGGGGAGCGGGAGAGAGGAGGAAGGAAGAUCAUUCAACAAAGCAGGCAGCAGAAGGGCGCGCGGGCGACACACACAGAGCUUAUCAGUGUUCAAAGUAUACCAUCUUGGAUAUAGUAAUGGAAUGCAAGGCAUACUGGUUUUUGGCUGCUGUCCUGUGUUUAGCAUCUGCCUUUCCACCAAAACAAAAUCGGCCACCAUAUGCGUGCCAGUGCCUAAUGGAUGUCAAAGACAGAAAAGACUGCGGCUUUCCGGGCAUUACUGCAGAGCAAUGCACAAAACAAGGAUGCUGCUUUGAUGCACGAGUGUCUGAUGUCCCAUGGUGCUUCAAGCCUUCUGGAGAGAGAGCUUCGCUCAAUUAUGCAAAGAAAAUGAUUGAACCACAAGCAAGAAUAGAUUGUGGCUACCAUGGCAUCACACGCAAGCGGUGCAAAAGAAUUGGAUGCUGUUUUGACCGACAUGCACUACAGUGUUUCCAUCCCCCCCUAAAUAAUGUUUCCCAAGCUUGUACAAUGGAUAUGAGUGCAAGAGAAGAUUGUGGAUUUCCAGGCAUCACAGCAGAGGAUUGCCAAGCAAAAGGAUGUUGCUUCGAUUCAUAUGUUGUUAGUACUCGAUGGUGCUUUCAUCCUCUGUCCAAAACAGGAUGCAUCAAGCACUGUGGAAUGGCACCAAAGGAAAGAGUGCAAUGUGGGAAUCCUGGCAUCUCAACUGAAGAAUGUUUGGGGAAAGGAUGCUGCUAUGAACAUUACCAGUAUGACACAAGGGUUCCCUGGUGCUUUGAACCCUUGGCAAAGCAAGGCAAUUUUUCACUGCCCUUUUUAGGCUGUGAGGUACUUUUCUUGAUUGUCAACCUUACUUUCCAAGGGUUAGAAAACACCAUGGAGCAGAAGGGGAUCUGGCUACUCUCGCUCAUUUUUAUUGUAGGACUCAGCACCCUGGUUGAAGGGGCAAAACCUCCACCGGAAUGCCGAUGUCACAUAGAUCCCAAAACAAGAACUAACUGUGGACCUCCUGGAAUCACUCCCCAGCAAUGCAAGGAUGCCGGAUGCUGCUUCAGUUCAGAAGUCGCAGGAGUGCCCUGGUGCUUUCAUCCAGCCCCUCCAAAAUAUAAGAAGGUAUGUCCUGCAGAAGUGAAAGCCAGAAGGAACUGUGGGUACCCAGGAAUCCCUGCUGAUAUAUGUGAGAGUAGAGGCUGCUGUUUUGAGUCUAACCCCCCUGCUGUCCCAUGGUGUUUCUAUCACAUCCUGGUAGCAGAAGAGUGCUAAAAUGAAGCUUUAAAAAGGAACACCUUCUCAACAAACUUCUCUGUCAACAGAACAAUUUGAGCAAGAAAACAGCAAUGCCUUAUACAUUGUGCUCUAAUAAUUCUGAGUUCCACAUUACUUUACUUCACAC